AAGUUAAUAAAAUGAGCAGAUAUCUGUGUGAGAAAAGGAAAGGGCGGAAACAUCCUAAUGGUGGGGGUUGACACCCCGGGGGCUGACAUUUCGUGGAAUUGAAGCAAACAGGAUUGUGGUUAAUCACUGCUCAGCUGAUCCUCUGAUUUCCAAUGGAUGGAUCUCGUAAACACCAGGUAUCCUUGAGAGGAGCAAGCGCGAAGGAGAUAACGAGGGAUGCCCUUCUUGAGAAGGUUUCCCGGGAAAGAGAACUUCGCAAUUAUGCAAAACGGGCUACUGCUGCUGCUCUGUUCAUUCAGAGAGUAUGGAGGCGCUAUAAGGUUACAAGGAUGGUUGCUUGGCAACUUCAGCAGGAGUGGGAGACAUUGGUGAAUAAUUACGCUGGUGUUAUGACAGCAAUGUGGAUUGCUAACAAUUUGUUGCGACCAUUUCUUUUCUUUAUAAGCCGGUUCUCAUCUAAGGAUCAGAAGGUUCACAGCAAGAAAAUAGACUCAAUGAGGAUUUGCUUUACAACCCUAUUGGAGAGCCUGAACUCUUCUGAUUCAAAGAGGAACUUCUGCUCUCUAGUAAUUGGUACACCUGAAGAAAGGAGAAUUUGGAGUCACCAAGCUCGACGGCUGACUUCUGUUGGCUUUGUCAUUCUUUCAGAGUUUAGUGAAGGCAUUGCGAGAAAUCAAGAUAUAACCUUGGUUACUUCCCUUGCAAUGCGUGUUCUUGUUAUGUUAACUGAUCUGAAAGGAUGGAAGGGCAUUACUGAUGACAAUCGUCAAGAUGCUGAUGUAGCAGUGAAAGGUUUGAUUGAGUACAUGGGGCUUAAUGCCAGUGGCAGUUAUGUGUCUAUUAAUAGAUAUAUUAGUUCAUUGGAUAACUAUUCUUCACAAACAAAAAAUAUUAACCAGACAGAUGAUAAGUUUUUAAUUACUGCAAGCACAAUAACUUUGGCCUUGCGGCCAUUCUAUUUGAGAAGCUCUGAUGUCAACGUCCCUGCUAUGUUGGACGUGAACCAUGUUGCUAGGCAGUAUUGCAUAUAUAUGCUGACAAUUCCUUGGCUUGUGAAGCGGCUGCCACCUGUUCUUCAACCUGCUUUAAAGCACAACUCUAUUUUGUUACCAUGCUUUAUUGGUAUAUUGAUUUUGAGAGAGAAUAUUUUGAUGGAGAUAUCACAUUUGGUUCAUUUAGACUCUCUUAUCUCUUCCAAGGCAAUUCCAGCAAUUGGUUGGGCCCUCACUAACAUUAUCUGCCUAGCAAUGGUGAAUGAAAAUGAAUCUGUGGAUCCUCAAUGCUUCAAUCAAGGUUUGGACCUUGCAUUAUAUGUCCAUGUUGUUAACUAUCUUACAGAAGCCCUACUGGCUCAUCUUUAUAAUGUUGGAUGGAUUCAAAAGGGGAAGAAAGGUAUUCAGAAUGACGUUGAAGCUUCAGCGGAUCCCAUUGAUACAGUUCUUUAUGAUAAUGAAGCAGGAUAUAACUCCUUACUGAUUUCCUACAUAGAUCAAUUUAGGCCUGUUUGUCAGCAGUGGCAUCUUCAAAAACUUUUGGUUGCAGCAAACAAAGAUGCCAGCGGCAGGGCUGAGAUUCUGCUUCCAAAUGGUCUGGAAUGCUUGGGAAAGUUGGAAUUAAGUGAUAUUUCUCUUUUUUACUCGAACGUGCUAAAACUUUAUUCAGUCUUGAAUCCAAUCCAUGGCUCCUUACCAGUUCUCAACAUGCUAUCCUUUACUCCUGGAUUUCUUGUCAAGGUAUGGCACGUAUUGGAGGAUUCCAUUUUUCAUGGAGACAAUUACACUUCUGAUAACCCUAUGAUUGAAAAAAGCAAACAUCAUGCAUCUGAGAGGAGGCUAAAACAUGUCAGUAAUGAUGGGGCUAAUAAGUGGGUCAGUGUUCUUCAUAAAUUAACUGGUAAGUCCCACGCUGCGACGAAUAGUGCUGAACCCAUCAGCUGUCAUCCUGAGCCAAGCCAAACGAAUGAAGAUUCAUCUGAUGUAUGGGACAUAGAGCCUAUGAGGCGUGGUCCACAAGGCAUUUCUAAAGAAACAUUUGCUGUUCUUCAUAUAUUCUGUGCCACAUAUUCUCACCUACUUUUAGUUCUUGAUGACAUAGAGUUCUAUGAGAAACAGGUUCCAUUUAAAUUAGAGAAGCAACGAAGAAUUGCAUCACUUCUCAAUACUCUCGUGUAUAAUGGCUUGUCCCAUGGUAUUAGUGAGCAGAAUAGACCCCUCAUGGACUGCGCUAUCAGAUGCUUGCAUUUAAUGUAUGAAAGGAAUUGUCGGCAUCAAUUUUGUCCUCCUGAUUUGUGGCUUUCCCCUGCUAGAAAAAACCGACCUCCUAUUGCAGUGGCUGCCAGAACUCGUGAAAUUUCAUCAGUCAACAUAAGAUAUGAUGAUUCAUUGACUGUCCCGAGUAUGGGUUCUGUUAUCACUACAACUCCUCAUGUUUUCCCUUUUGAAGAGAGAGUUGAGAUGUUUCGAGAGUUCAUUAAGAUGGAUAAAGCCUCCAGAAAAAUGGCUGGGGAAGUUUCUGAACCUGGUUCACGAGCUAUUGAGAUAGUAGUACGUCGGGGUCAUAUUGUUGAAGAUGGAUUUCGGCAACUAAAUUCCCUUGGGACAAGGUUGAAGUCAUCCAUCCAUGUUUCUUUUGUGAGUGAAUGCGGCCUUCCUGAGGCUGGCCUGGAUUAUGGUGGGUUAUCAAAAGAAUUUUUAACUGACAUAUCAAAAGCGGCCUUUGCCCCAGAAUAUGGGCUAUUUUCCCAAACCUCAACCUCCGACAGGCUUCUAAUUCCAAAUUCUUCUGCAAGAUUUUUGGAUAAUGGUCUUCAGAUGAUUGAGUUUCUUGGAAGAGUCGUUGGUAAAGCUCUUUAUGAAGGAAUAUUACUUGAUUACUCUUUCUCACACGUUUUUGUACAGAAAUUAUUGGGGAGAUAUAGCUUCCUUGAUGAGUUAUCAACACUUGAUCCAGAGCUAUAUAGGAAUCUUAUGUAUGUCAAGCAUUAUGAUGGUGAUGUCAAGGAGUUUUCUCUUGAUUUCACUGUUACCGAAGAAUCAUUUGGGAAAUGGAAUGUUGUUGAGCUGAGGUCUGGGGGCAAAGAGAUGUUGGUGACGAAUGAGAACAAAAUGCAGUACAUACAUGCGAUGGCAGACUACAAACUCAAUCAACAGAUAUUGCCCUUCUCAAAUGCAUUCUAUAGAGGACUGACUGAUCUUAUAUCUCCAUCCUGGUUGAAGUUAUUCAAUGCCAGUGAAUUUAAUCAGUUGCUUUCAGGUGGAAAGUAUGAUAUUGAUAUUGAUGAUUUAAAAAAUAACACACGAUACACGGGUGGUUAUAAUGAAGGAAGCCGGACAGUCAAGAUAUUCUGGGAGGUGAUUAAAGACUUUGAACCCCAAGAACGUUGUAUGCUUCUUAAAUUCGUCACUAGUUGUUCUCGUGCACCAUUACUUGGGUUCAAAUAUUUACAGCCAGCUUUUACGAUCCACAAGGUUGCCAGUGACGCCCCUCUUUGGGCGGCAUUUGGAGGACAAGAUGUAGAGCGGCUUCCUUCAGCUUCAACGUGCUACAAUACCCUCAAGCUUCCAACCUACAAACGUGCAAGUACGUUGAGAACAAAGCUUCUAUAUGCAAUCAGUUCAAAUGCCGGCUUUGAACUCUCUUAAUUUGCAACAGGUACAUACCGUUGUCACUGGGGCUGGUAAUCAGAUCCAACAGAGGCUGGUAGAUAUCAAAUACCACAAGCUUUAGACGAGGAAGUCUGCUCUUCAAACUCUGAGAAGUGCUCUUUAGUUUAUCGUUAA